AUGGCUGACACGUCUGUGACCAAAGGCCACUUCAAGGUCUGCGGCCGCGAGUUCCCCAACGUUACCUGGUACAAGCUGCCGCACCUGAGGAGAACCUACUUCCUCCUGUUCUUCGUUAUCUUGACCAGUGCCACCAACGGUUACGAUGGAUCUAUGGUCAACGGUCUCCUCUCGCUCGACCAGUUCACCGACUACAUGAAGGACCCCUCCGGUUCUAUCAAGGGUCUCUUCUCCGGUAUCAUGUUCCUCGGUUCUCUGCUCGCUCUGCCCAUCACUCCCUACAUUGCCGACGGUAUGGGCCGACGAUGGGGUAUCUGCAUCGGCUCCAUCAUCAUGAUCUUCGCCGUCGUUCUCCAGUCCGCCUCGGUCAAUUUCCAGAUGUUCGUCGCCGCCCGUUUCUUCCUCGGCUUUGGUGUCGCUAUUGCCCACGGCUCUGCUCCUCUCUUGAUCACCGAGUUGUGCCAUCCCCAGCACCGUGCCAUUUUCACGACUAUCUACAACACCACCUGGUAUAUUGGCUCCAUCGUGGCCGCUUGGCUCACCUACGGCACCAACCGCAUUCCCAACCAGUGGUCGUGGCGUAUUCCCUCCAUCGUCCAGGCUCUGCCUUCCAUCCUCCAGAUCUCCUGCGUGUGGUUCGUCCCGGAAUCUCCACGUUGGUACAUCUCCAAGGGCAAGCCCGAGCGCGCUCUUGCCGUCCUCGCCAAGGUGCAUGCCGAGGACAACGCCGAUGACGAGGUCGUCCAGCUCGAAUAUGAGGAAGUCAAGGAGACCAUCAUGAUCGAGAAGGAGGCUGAGUCAACCGGCUGGCUCGAGCUCUUCAAGACCAAGGGCAACCGCCACAGGCUUCUUAUCCUGCUCUCUGCUGGUCUGUUCUCCCAGUGGUCCGGCAACGGUCUCGUCUCGUACUACAUCACCGGUGUGCUCGACAGCAUCGGCAUCAAGGACCCCGACAUGCAGCUCAAGAUCAACGGUGUCCUGAACAUCUGGAACUGCAUCGUUGCCACCACCAUGUGCUUCUUCGUCGAUAAGCUUGGUCGCCGCCCGCUCUUCCUUGUCUCCACCGCUGGCAUGUGCGGCUGCUUCGUGAUUUGGACCAUUUGCUCGGAGCGAUUCGCCGCCACGGGCGUCAAGGCUAACGGGAGCGCCGUCGUCUUCAUGAUCUUCCUCUACUACACCUUCUACAACAUCGCCUGGUCUGGUCUCCUGGUCGGUUACACCGUCGAGAUUCUGCCCUUCUCCAUCCGCGCCAAGGGCAUGUGCUACAUGUUCGCCUUUGUCGAUAUUGCGCUCUUCUUUAAUACCUACAUCAACCCCAUUGCGCUUGACCACAUCCACUGGAAGUACUACAUCGUCUACUGCGUCUGGCUCGCUGUCGAACUCGUCUUCGUCUGGUUCUACUACAUUGAGACCAAGAACACGCCUCUUGAGGAAAUCUGCAAGCACUUCGAUGGCGAUGCCGCUUUGGUCGGUGGUGCUGCUGCUACGGAGAAGGGCCGCAUCCUCGAGCACGAGAUCCACGAGAAGGAGCACAAGCACGGAACUACUCAGGUCACUGAGGAGCACGUUGAGUCCAAGAUCUAA